GCAGGCCUCGGGGGCCGCCGGGGCUUGUCUGCGGGUGCCCGGCUGGAGCUCGGGCUCUGCGGCGCGGCCGGCGGGACGUUGGGCGGGGGCGCGCUGCGGGGCGGAGGAAGCGUCUGGCCGCCUCCUCCCAGCCCGCCUCGGGUGGCGAUGUCGUCCGGGGCCGGUUCUCGGCGGUCGCGGGAGCCGGCGGAGCAGGAGCUGCAGCGGCGGCGGGAGCAGAAGCGGCGGCGGCACGACGCGCAGCAGCUGCAGCAGCUCAAGCACCUGGAGUCCUUUUACGAGAAACCUCCUCCUGGAUUUAUAAAGGAGGAUGAGACAAAGCCGGAAGACUGUAUUCCAGAUGUGCCGGGCAAUGAGCAUGCCAGGGAGUUUCUGGCUCAUGCACCAACUAAAGGACUUUGGAUGCCGCUUGGGAGAGAGGUCAAAGUCAUGCAGUGUUGGCGUUGCAAACGGUAUGGCCAUCGAACAGGCGACAAAGAAUGUCCUUUCUUUAUCAAAGGCAACCAGAAGUUGGAACAGUUCCGAGUUGCACAUGAAGACCCCAUGUAUGACAUCAUUCGAGAGAAUAAGAGACAUGAGAAGGAUGUAAGGAUCCAGCAGUUAAAGCAGUUACUGGAGGACUCCACCUCAGAAGAGAGCAGCUCCAGCUCGUCAGGCAGAGAGAAGCGCAAGAAGAAGAAGAAGAAAGAGAAACACAAGAAAAGGAAGAAGGAGAAGAAAAAGAGGAAGAAACGAAAGCACAAGGCUUCUAAGUCGAGUGAGAGUUCAGACUCAGAGUGACAGCUGAUGCAGACUCUCAAAAACACCCACAGGCCAAAGAGCAGCCGUCCCUGAGAGCGACGGGACGGGACAAGGAGGGGACACCCGGCACAGCGGGGGACUCUCACCACCUCCUGGUACCAAGUGACCACCACAGGGCAGGCGGGCUCCCGGGCUCCCGGGUGCGGCGGCCAGCAGCACCUGUGUCCUCUUGCCUGCUGGUGACUUGUGUCUGUGAUUGCUGUAAUAGGCCGGCCACCUGAAGGGGACGGUGACCAGGAGACUCGUAGGAAACACUCUUAGGGUGCUGCCACAGCAUUUGCCCUCCAUGGUGUGGCAGCUCAGUUCCCACGAACUUCAGGCUUGACCUUCUCUGUGGUUCGGGAUAAUAAAAGUUCAUGAUUUAUUUUUUAAAA